CAGCAAAGAGGACAGUGAAGGCUUUGAAAGAUGUGUCGUAUCUUUGCAAGUUGUGCUCUGGCAGCCCUGCUGCUGGCUGUAGUUUGGGCAGAUCACCAUCACCACCAUGAUUCCAGUCACAGCCAUGAGGGUGAAAUGGCCUGCCAUGUUCUCUCCCCUCAUAAUGCAGACUUUGCCUUCACCCUCUAUAAACAUCUAAAUGCCAAGGUUGCUGCUGGACAGAACAUCUUCUACUCACCGCUGGGUAUCUCCACUGCUUUGUCCAUGCUGUCUGUAGGGGCCCGUGGUGACACGCACACACAGCUGUUCUCCAGCUUGGGCUACAGCACCCUGGACCAGGCACGGGUCAAUGAAGCCUACGAGCAUGCUUUCCACAUGCUCAACCACAGUCAAGAGAACCAGAAGCUGGAAGUUGGCAACUCUGUUGCUGUGCGCACGGGCUUCAACCCUUUGCCAGCUUUUCUGAAUGAUAUCAAGCAGUUCUACACUGGUGAGGUCUUUAAUGUGGACUUUGAGAAACCUGAUGAGGCAAAAAACCAAAUCAAUCAACACAUCGCCACUAAAACCCAUGAUAAAAUCAAAGAUCUGGUGAAGGACUUGGACCCACAAAUGGCCAUGGUUCUGAUCAACUGGGUCUAUUUUAGAGGACAGUGGGAAAAACCAUUUAAUGGCAACCUAACAACCAAGAGGGACUUCCAUGUGGAUGAAAACACCAAAGUUGAGGUUGACAUGAUGAAGAAGACGGGACGCUUUGAUUACUAUCGGGACCAUGCCAAGUUCGUCACCGUUGUUGUUCUACCCUACAAAGGCAACACCUCCAUGAUGAUUGUUCUGCCUGAUGAAGGAAAGAUGAAAGAAGUGGAGGGCUUUAUCAGUAAGGACCACAUCAGGAGUUGGUACAAUUCUCUCUACAAGAACAAUAUAAAUCUUUCAAUGCCAAAGUUUUCCAUUUCGGCCGAAGCAUCUCUGGGUGAGACCCUGAAGGAAAUGGGAAUAGUGGAUGCUUUUGGAGAGAAAGCUGACUUCUCUGGCAUAUCUGAAGAUGUCAAGCUUAAAGUGUCAAAGGUCUCCCACCAGGCUGUGCUAAGUGUGGAUGAAACAGGCACAGAGGCAGCAGCUGCCACCACCCUUGAAAUCAUGCCCAUGAGUUUGCCUGAAGUCAUAGAACUGAACAGACCCUUCAUGGUGUUCAUCCUGGAACACUCAACAAGGAGCUUUGUCUUCAUGGGCAAGAUCGUCAACCCCACAGCCUAGUAUAGACGCCUGGGAAGUGUAUUGCUAUCAAAGUUUUAUGCUGCAGUAAGUUUCAGUAGCUUCAGGACAUUUACUUUAUCAUUUGACACCACUUUAGUGGCGUGACCAUUGAGUGUAUAGAAUGCCUGAUGAGAAGAGGUGUUGAACAAGACAACGACUUGUUUUUCAAGAAACAGAAGGUACAUCCAUUAAUCUCUCAGCAUGAUGCAUUUAUCAUYUCCUUUGGUCACUAAAUGUCUUUAUACAUCAUUGUGGAAUAAACUCCYCUUAACUGUUUGAUGUAAUAGAAUAGAGUAAUGCAUUUGUCAUUUGUAGCAUCUGGUAAGACAUGAAGUCAACUUGUACUAUUGCUGGUUCAAAAGGGUUCCACUUGAACUGAAAUAAAGAAUGAAACUUGA